GCUGUGAGCUUUGAUAUGAUGGUAAAGUGGAUUUAUGGAAACGCUUGAGGCUCGGAAGGACGCUUGAGGCUCAAGAGGAUAGUUUAGCAAGUAAAAAAAUAUAUUUCAUUUCCACACAAUACGGUAGCGUUUCAAUUAUGAUGGAUUGUCAUCACCGACAAGUGUCUUGUCUCAGUUCUAUUUUUUUUUUCACAUUAAAAUUUAUUUUUAAUAAAAUUUUUGUGCUAAUAUGUUAACAAAAAAGAUUUUCUAAAGUUUCAACAAAACUCCGACACAAUCCAAACCAAAAUUAGCAUGUAAAGACAAAAAUAUUCGUGAAAAUAGAGCACUGGUUCGCGGAGAGCUUGCUUGGUCGCUUGUAAUACAAAAUGCCCUCAACCGCUACGCAUUGUCUUGCCAAGCGCAAGCAGGAUCAAAGGCGCGCUGAAGAGCACAGCCCAUCUAGGCAGAAGGAGGUACGCGAGCUUUGGUUCAACCCGCUUGCGACGGAGAUUUGCGAGUCGCGCAUGAACAUAUGCUUGUGUGACUGCGAUUGUCACAUUUGGCAGGACGAAAAUGUGCAACGAGAGCUUCGAAAAUUAGCAAAUGUUUACUCACAUAAGAACCCGCCGGGUAUGAAAGAUGAAGAGGAAACGGAACCGACAACUAAAAGGAAGGGAAAGGUUAGAUCGGUUGAUGAAGAGGAGGAGGAACCAACCAAAGGAUUUUUGUGCUUUAAAAAAUCAUCCGCAAAACGUUCACACAGCAAGCAAAGAGAAGAAAAGGGGCAAAGAAAAAGGCAAAAGUCAAACGAGGAAGACAAUACGAAAAAAGUGCAGGAAAAAAGUAUAAGUCGCAGUCGUAAUCGACCGUUUCCCGUGAAUAGACGAUUUAAAACGCGUGAGGAAGCUAAACGCUAUCGUGAACUUAAAGCCAUUUAUACCACAAAACCAAGAAAUCCACAGCAUUCAGAUAAGCAAAAUGAUACUGAAACAAAGUCUAACCCACAGAAAACGAUUGAAGUCAAAGGACGCAGUCCAAAAAAGCAUGCCACAAGCUCAAGUGCUGAUUCAGUAAACACGGCCGCGCAAAGACAGCACAGAUCACGUAAGAGUAAGACGGAACCAAGAACGAGACCGCAAGGGAGCAAUGACAGCGGCUAUCCACGCGAUCGACCUUAUGCUCCCAUGUAUGCAGACGAAAGAGAGCAUGUGGAGUUAAAAGAUAACGACCACAAAGACUCUGAUAUUGGCUGUUGCGGAAUGCGUAAAAAAUCGAAAGGUAAUAAGCAGCAACGGGAAUAUGAAGCUUACACACCUGCACAUUGCUCUGACAAACAAACUCCAAUGCCAAACCUGGAGGCGGAAUGUGCGCCCACAAUAGGAGAAAUGGAGCUGCUGGAAAUCCUUAGAGCCACUUACACACGUGAAGUGAAAGCUGAGCAGGAGCAAAAAUCGACCCCCAAAACGCGAACAGCUACUACAACAGAGGAAGAAACAGGCUGUUGUGGCUCGAACUCUAAAAAGAAACAGCGGCAGGCAGAGACUGAUUUAUGUGAUCAAUGUUACUCUUGUGAGUGCAGUUGUGGGGAUAAUUAUCCUAAAGAAAUCGAGCAACACCAGGCAACGGAAUGGUUUACCCAAACCAAUGACUCCAAGAGUAAGCAAUUCGAUAAGGCAGCCAAACCAUUCUGUUCCUGCGAUGCUUCGCCCGAUUCUAAGAAUGGAAAUAAGGAACAUAUUUUUAAAUAUCCCACCCGGGAGAUGAUCUCUUUACAAGUGGAUGAAGAGCAUGCACCCGGAAAAACAAAAUCCGUAGGCAUACGUGCAAGAGAUAGAAACGAAAUUGAUACGAGCAAAUCGGUUUAUUCUAAGCGAAAAUCGAAAAGCAUUAAGGGCGCGAAAAGUAAGAACUCGCCAAAUGAUGUUGAUUCGGAGAAAACGUCUUGCUGCUCUUUCUUAUGUCGCAAGAAGCAAAAGACUAAAGGCGAUAAACCAGAUACAAAAACCAAGUCAGUUAAAAAACGAAAGAAGCCUCCCACAGCCGUAAGUUUUUCCCCGGCGAAACCGGAAAAGCGUAAGCAACAAGCCACAAAACCUAUCGACAAAGAAAAAGGUAGGAAUGUGAAUGUAAAUCGGCGAAAACAACCAGCUUUUCAUCCCAAAUCUGAAAGUAAAAACAAACCACCGUUAUCUUCUACGAAAUAUGAACCACAACCAACCACUGAUGGCAGAAAGGCAAGACGUCGUAAUCAGCCAGCUUUUCAUCCUAAACCGGAAUUGAAAACACAGCCAAAAGUACAAAUUUCAUCUUCUUCCGUGAACCGGAAACCACCGCCUGGUGAUAAGAGAAAAGCUACAGCGAGAGGUAAAAUUCAUCCUCUAACAAAAUCGAAGAAAGCAAAACCUAUAUCCAAACAACUAGAACGAAGCUCGUUAAAAAAAGAUACUGCCUCUGAAACGUCUUGCUGUCCUUGUUUAAGAGCCAAAAAUAAUUUCGAACAUAGCAACAUUAAGGAAAAAGGCCAUAAAAAAGACAAGCCCGAAGCAAAUGCUGGCAGUAAAAGUAAACCAGCUAAAGUCAAAAGUGGCGAAAAAGUUCAGAAAGAAAAGCCAAUUAAACGACAACGGAAACCUUCACUUACACAAAGUCACGAAAAAGUUCAAAGGAUGAAGCCAAAACAGGCAGGUGAUUCAAAACAACAUGCUUCGAAAGUCGAAAGUCGGGAAAAACUGAAAAAGAAACAAUCAGGCACGUCAUGCUGGUCUUGUUUUAGAAAGGAUACAACAAAAAAACCAGAUACAUCUAAAAAGGAGCCUCCCAAGAAUAAAAGUGCGGAGAAACUGUACAGAGACAGAGCGAAGGAUGACUCCAAGCAGAAGCUAUUAAAGCAUCAAAGUCAAGAAGAUUUUAAAAAAGAAAAAUCAAAGAAACAUCUUGAUUCUAAACAAAAAGCUUCCAAUUCCAACAGUAAGGAAACUCUUCAAAAGAAAACAUCCGAAUCAUCUUGUUGGUCCUGUCGUUCAGGCGAUAAGAAAGAAAAAGCAAAACACGUAGAUCAAUCUAAAAGGCGACCUACAAAAUCCAAGAGUGGGCAAAAACUUCAAAAGGGUCAUUCAAAAAAAUCUACCUCUUCUAAACAGAAACAUACAAAAGCUAGCAAAAGUCAGGAGAAAAUUGAAAGAAAAUCAUCACAGGCAUCUUGUUGGUCUUGUCGUUCUAGUGACACAAAUGGCAAAACUAAAGAAUCGGAUCUACAUAAAAAAAGAACUGCAAGGAGCAAAAGUCAGGACAACAAACAAUUUGCCAGAGAUCCUGCAAGAGUACAUAAGGGUAGACGAAAGAAAACUGGAGAUUUCAAAGAAAAACCCUUCAAAGCUAAAAGUCAAGAAAAAGUUCAAAACCAGUCAUCCGAGACGUCGUGUUGGUCUUGUUGUUCAAAUAAAGAAAAAGAUAAGAAGCAACCCUUAAGAACCAAGAGCCAAGACAAAACUCUAAAAGAUAGGUCUAUGUCAAAAAGUAAAAGUGAAGACAAAAUUCAAAGAGGAAAGACAAAGAGGCCCCUGGAUUCUAAGCAUAACCCGUCAAAAGCGAGAAGCCAAGAAAAGGUUCGACAGCAGUCUUCGAAUACCUCUUGUUGGUCUUGUCGUUCCAGUGGUGAGAAGGACAAAGAAAAGAAACCGAACGAAUCUAAAAAGAAACCAUCAAAAAGUAAAAGUCAGGAGAAAAUUAUAAAAAAUAAACCAAAACCGUCGGCUGAUGCUAAACUUAAACCUUCUCGAGAAAAUCUUCAAAAACAGCCUUCGGAAACUUCUUGUUGGUCUUGUCGUUCCAAUGCUGAGAAAGAUAAAACAACGAAGCAGGACAAAUCAAAAAAGAAACUAUCAAAAAGUAGAGUUCAGGACAAAGUUCAAAGGGAUAAGUCAAAGGUGCUAGCUGAUUCUAAACAAAAGCCUUCGAAAGCUCGAAUUCAAGAAAAAGUUCAAAAGCAGCCUUCGAAAACAUCUUGUUGGUCUUGUCGCUCUAGUGGAGAAAAAGAGAAAACAAAGAAAUUGGACGAAUCUAAAACGAAAGCAACAAAAAGUAGAAGUCGGGACAAAAUUAAAAAUAGUAGAUCAAAAGAGUUGGCAGAUUCCAAAGCUACUAGCCAGGAUAAGGUUCCAAACUAUAGACUAAGGAAGUUGAUUAAACCCAACGAAAGUCCCACAAAGGCAAAAAGUCAAGAAAAAGUGCAAGCUCAAAAAUCAGAAAUAUCAUGUGGCUCUUCUCGUUCAAAAAGUGAAAAGGAUAAGUCCACAAAAUUACAGGGACCAAAGAAGCCUACAAAUAGCAAAACUCACCUUUCAAAAGCAAAAAGUCAAGAGCAAGUUCAAAAGAAACAAUCGGGUACUUCCUGUUGUUCGUGUUGCUCAAAAGGAACAAGUGAUAGGGAUUCGAAAACGAAACCAUUGAAAGCUAAACAAAAAGAAGUUGUUCAAGAUAAGUCAGUCAGAAAAUACAAUUUGUUUUCACGAAGAAGUAAAAAAGAGAAAUCGAAGGAUAAGGCUGCUCCCGAAAGUCCUUUCCGGGAAGAUCAAGCAAAACUGAAAAAACGAUAUAAAAAAGCAGAAAAAACUAAACCGUCUGAGUCUUCGUUCUGUUCCUGCUGCUCCAGCAGUCAUAAACCAUUAAAGGACAAAGACAGGAAAUCAAAAGAAGAUAAGUGUUCUGUUAAAACUAAGCCAGAAGACAUUUCCUACUGCAAGGCGCUCUAUCAAGAAUUAGAAAACAUAAUCAUGCAACAAAACCAAUGUCAAAUAAUGAUUUCACAAACUAGAAUAAACAAGGCCGCAGAAACGAAGUCAUCCAAAUCGUCUCUAAAAUGUAAGCAAGAAAAACAAGAGCAACAAAAGCAAAGGGAGGAAAAAACCAACCAGGAUACCAAAGAAAAGAGAGCAAGUAAACAAAAAAAUAAAAAACACAUACCAAAUCAAAAUUCAAAGCAGAGAAGCAGGUCACAAAUACGAAGCGAGACGUCCAACAGCGACUUGGAUAUGGAGAAAGCUUAUAUGCCAGAAUAUGUGCUGGGUAAGACACAGCGAACUGGCGCAGUCAUAGCACGAGCACGUAAGGUGAGGUACAGUCUCUUACCGAGCCUUAAGGCACAGAAAAAAUACCACAAACAUCUUAACAAAGGAUGUAGGCAUGAGGUUGCCUUUCAUACUUAACGGGCACUACUAUAUUUGACAUGUGACUAUAAAGGUCCGGUCUAGGAGCGGACACGUUUGAGAUGUAGUUGCAACGUUAGUUUGGCCUAGUACCACAUUUGGAGAAGGAUAAGGCUCAUAUGUAUUUUUCUGAAUAUUUUUGUCUGUAAAAUUUUUGUACGAACAGGUCUAUUCUUCAUGAACAAUCUUCAUUUUUUAUU